CGGUUGGUCUGACAAUAGCUGCUGCUGGAUUUGCAGGUCGUUAUGCAUUACAAGCUAUGAAGCAAAUGGAACCACAAGUAAAACAAGCCCUUCAGAAUCUGCCAAAAUCUGCCUUCAGUGGUUAUUACAGAGGUGGAUUUGAUCCCAAAAUGACCAAACGAGAAGCAGCUUUAAUAUUAGGAGUGAGUCCUACAGCCAAUAAAGGUAAAAUUAGGGAGGCUCACAGACGGAUCAUGCUUUUGAAUCAUCCAGAUAAAGGUGGUUCUCCCUAUGUGGCAGCCAAAAUCAAUGAAGCUAAAGAUUUACUGGAAGGCCAAGCUAAGAAGUGAAUCUGGAUAUUUAGUUGUAAAUUAAUGGUUUAGUUUAUGUAUAUGAAUAUCAGUUUUGAUAACUGACCCAAGGAAAAGUUGACACCAAUCUUUUUUACUUGAUCAAUGAUUAAACUAAUGCAGGGAACCCUCCCCCCCCCCCCCCCCAUCUUGGUUGCAUCAUGUAUAUCUUGUUUUGGGGAGGG